AUGGGUCUUUCCGUUUUUCAUUUGAUCACAACGCGCACACAGUACAUCGACAUCUGGCUGUUGGUUACCUGCCUACGAACAUUGACCUCGUUUUUCUGUUUCGCCCCUUUUACUCGAGACCAGCAUUUCUCAAUGCAGUUUCAUCAUUCAUUCACUCACCUCAUUUCCUUUUCUUCCAACGGGGCUCUCACCUCGAACAAAAUAACCCAACACCCCAAAAAAGUUGAAAACAACCGAAAACCCAUGUCUGCUGUUAAUCAGUAA